UCUUCUCCUUCUUCCCAGCCCUCUCCCGAUGCUGCUCCGGGGGUAAGGACAGCCCUCGCAUCCCGCCCGUGGCCCCGUCCCGCUCAGCCUGGGCCAGUGAGGGGCUGCUGGGCGGCGAUGGGGCCCGGGGGUGCCACGGGGAUGCUCCUGCAGCCCCGGCCACGGGGGAGGCUCCUCCAGGGCUGCCAGCGGGGACAGGAUGGGACGGGAUGCUCGCGGCGGGGUGCAGGAGGGCAGCGGCUCCUCGGUGCCACCGGGGCGGGCGCAGGACGAGUGCCACGUGUGGCCCCGGGGGCCGGGGCGGAGCGGGGGCUGGGUCUGCCCGGUGCCACCUUCGGCGAGUUGUCGCCGGGAGGGAUUUGUGUUCCGCGGAGGUUUGGGGCCCUGCUUUAGCUCAGGAAGUGUCAAUUCCCUCCGGGCCUUCUCGCUGGGUGCCCCAGGGCACCGGGAACAGUGCGGGGGGCACUCGCGCUGCUGCCCAGCCCCUGGCCGCCCGUUUUGGGGAAUCAGCGAUCCCUCAUUGCUGCCCCAUUCCUCCUGCUCCCUAGUGAUGCUGGCAUGGUGUCGGUGCUCCGGGUGGAUGGGUGGCCUCGUGCUGUGUCACCUCGCUGUCCCCUUCCUCUCCAGGCACACGCCGGUGGCAUUGCGUGCUUUUACCCCCCAGGGCAGGUGGGGCGAUGCCCUUUGUGGGUGGGUGGGCUCUGGGGAGGGCAUGGGCAGCGCGGGGGUCAUUCGCUGGGUUUUAUCCCUGCAGGAAUCAUGGAGGGGAGCCCUCCCGCUGAGGCACGGCGCCUGCCGCGGCCCCCCAGGCAGCACCCCCAGAGCGGCCGGAGCCCAGCCCCGCUGGAGCGCCCCGAGGCCGCCCGCGGCCCCCACGCCGUCCUGGAGGGCAAGGUGAAGGCGCUGAAGGAGAAGCGGGGCGGGCGGCCGGGGCCCCCCGCGGCCGCCCCCGAGCGCCCCUCGCCCAAGAAGGCGCGGCCCCGGCGGGGGAAGCCGGGGGCGGAGGGGGCGGCGGCGGAGCCGCGGGCGCAGCUCCGCACCUACCUGACGGACGGGCUGCUGGACGGGGGGCGGCCCCAGCCCGCCCCGGCACCCCGCGCCGCCACCCCCGGGCUCUGGAGGGUCCCGGCACCCAGGGGAGAUGUGCCGCGGGGCCCCGAGCUCCCCCCGGACGAGGGCAGCAGGUCCUGGCACUGUGCCUCCCUCCAUGAGAGACCCUCCCUGGAUGAAGAGGCCCGGAGCCCGCUGCGGGAGCGGGGCCGUCCCUCUGUGCCCGCGGCCGAGAGCUGGGAGAGGCUCUCGCUGGCUGAGCGGGUGGAGAGGAACCGGCGGCUGCUGCAGGAGGUGCUGGGCCUUGCCGCUCCCGAGAUGCCAGCGAGCGAUGGGGACUGGGACUCGGGGGUUUCACUGCAGGACGCUGAGGGCUGCAGGGCCGUGGUGGCCGGGCAGGAGCUGGAGCUGAGCCCGCGGCACGAGCAGGCCAAGCAGCUGCUGCAGCGCGCCCGCAUGAAGGCUCGCACGAACCCGCUGCGCGCCAGCCACGACAUCCUGCUCCUCCCCGCCGCCGUCCCGCAGCCCAGGGAGCCCAGCGGGAGGCCGAGCGUCGCCCCGCGGGACGGCGGGAGCCUGAGCGACUCGUCCAGCGGGGAGUCGAGCUGCGGGCGGCCGCGGCGGCCGCGGGGACCGUCCCCGUCCCGCGUCCGCUUCGAGGACGAGUCGGCCCGGGACGCCGAGGUGCGGUACCUGGAGCGGCUGCAGCUGCGGCACCGGCGGGCGCUGGGCUCGGCCAUCGCCUCGCCGGAGCCGGCCGGCAGCAGGCAGCCGGGGGACGGCGCUGGCCAGCCCAAAGCCCGCAGUGGCGACCUCGUGGCCGGGGGCAAGUGCAGCGCCUGCGGCUCCUUCCUCGGUGCUGCCGCCGGCCGGGGCACGGACACGCAAGCUGUCCCCGAGCUGGCCAAAAGUAGCCCUGCGGCACAAAGAAGCGUUCCAGGGGAUAGCAGAGGGCCGGGCGCUGCCCAGACAGAGCCUAAAAUCAGGCCUCUGGGCCCCGGAGGGUCCCCGCUGUGGAUCCUGCCCUCCCGGCAGCGCAUCCACACCGAGAAGAUCAAGGAGACCUACAUUGGAGAUGUCACCUACAUCGACGAGGUGGACUCGGCCCUGGAGAGCACCGACACCUCCGACGGCUGCCGGACGGACAGCGAGGAGGCAGGACCCCGCAGCCCCCACCUGCGGGGGCACCGGGACCCCCGCACUCGCGGGCACAGAACUGCCCGCGCUGCCCCGCAGCCUGAGGCCAGGGCCAGGAAGGGAACGUGUGUGCCCAGCGGGGGCCCCGAGCACGGGGACUCGGGUCCGGGGCCUGUUUGCCCCCCACCACCGGGAAGAACCAGGAGCCGGGAAGAUGGGGAACCCCAUCAACAUCUGGGGGGCAGCAAGGGAGUGGGGAACACAGCUGGCCCCCCGCAGCAGCCCAGUGAGCCUCUGGAGCCUUCCUCGCAGCUGAGGAGCAGCACUCCCAUCCCAGGCACCCACGUCCCUGCUCCCCCUCAUACCAAGAAGGCCUGCGCCCAGGUGCCUUGCAGGAAAGCCCUGUUCUCCAUCAGCACCCGCCAGGCGCCGAGCCAAGGAGUCCGGGGCCCGGAGCCGGAUGCUGGCAGCGCAGCCCCACCGCAGCCCGGGGGCACGGCGGGGCCGGCCGAGCGGCGGAGUCCCUGCAGCCCCCGGUGGCUCCCGGGGAGCCCCCUCCGUGCCUUGUCCACCAACAACUGCAACAACACCCACGGGCAGGACGCCCCGGGGGCGGGCAGAGGGACACUGUCACACCCCGCUGGCAGCCCUGUCACCGCCGUGCCCCCGGAGGCUGCUCAUCCUGCCGGGGAAGGUGCCGGGAUGUCGGGAGCGCAGCCGCAGCGGCACCCGGCCGGGAGCGCGGCACACGGGGAGCCGGGGCGGCCAGUGAGCCGCAAGGGCAGCGGCGCUUCGGCCUCGGGGCUGAAGAAGCUCCUGUGCAGCCUGAGCCAGAGCACCAAGCAGCGCCUGGGCCGCUUCCGCUGCUACAGCAUGGAGCAGCUCCCGGCCCCCGGCGGCUCCCCGCAGGGCAGCCCCGGUGUCAAGAAGUCACCGUCCCUGCAGUCCCUGCAGCUGGUGUCACCCUUCUGCCAGCCACAAAAAGCUGCUUCUAUCCAGAGCCUGCAUCCCCAGCUGGGGAAGGCACCUCGUGCCAGUGCCUACCUCCUGCCCCAGACCACGGCUGACAGGAAGGGGGGCUCAGGGCCGCAGCGCUCGCUGAGCGUGGAAGACAUCGGGGCGCCCGGCCAGCUGCGCGCGGUGGGGCGCGUGGUCGAGGUCUUCCCCGAUGGCACCAGCCAGCUGGAGCUGCAGCGACCCCCCCACGGUGCCUUCGGCUUCUCCGUCACCUCCGGACACGGCCGGCCUGACACAGGUGUCUACGUGCAGGAGAUGGCGGAUGCUGGCACGGCCAAGCUCUACGCGGGGCUCCUGGGCGUGGGGGACGAGAUCCUGCAGGUCAACGGCGCGGCCGUCUCGGGGCUGGGGCUGGCCCACAUCCGCCAGCUGCUGCUGCAGGCUGACAGCCUGGCCCUGCGCGUGCUCCGGCACCGCCCGGCACCGCGCUAGCCUGGCACGGCUCCUGCCGAGCCGGCAAGAGGAGGAGGAUGUCCCAGUGAUGGGAGAAGGAAGAUGGCCCAGUGAUGUCCCAGGAUGCUGCAGAAUGGCAUGGCACGGACCAAGCUGCCUCGCAGUGCCAGGACCUGCCUGGCUCCACUGCAGUGGGGGAAGGUGGCUUUCCUUGUGCCCCUGGGAGAGUGUGCGACCAAGGACCCCCCAGAGUCUCCAGGAGCUGCCCAGGUGUGAGGGACACGGGACAGCCUGGCCCCAACAGAGCUGGGUGGGUCUGUCCUGCUGGGCACUGAGGUGACCAGCAUGGGGACACCCCAUCUCCGUGACCUCAGGAGACAGAGGGCUUCCUGCCAGCACUGCCACCUUGUGCUGGAGGGCUGGUGAGGUUCUUUUAAAUUAUUUCAAACUGAAACCCAAAAAUACAUCUCUGCAAUAACAAAUCAGUGCCCUUGGCUUGUGACAUGGAGGGGUUGGGGUGGUGCUUGUGGCCGUGGGGCCUUUG